CAAAUUGAGUUCAUGAAUAGAUGGUUGACAUUUAAAAAGCUGUUAGAAUAAGCUUUGAUAGACUAGCAGUUUUGAAACUUUCGAGAAGCCAGUCUUUGCAUAAUUCUGGACAUCAUGAAACGUACCAGCCGUCCUAAGAAGGGAACGCAUUCGGCGUGUACCUGUUGUUCCAGACAAAAACAAGCACACAAGCGCAAAAACAAUGAUGCCCCAACCUCAACAAAAGGCAAAGGCCCGAAAAAACAAAAGACUCACAACAGUCUGCCCCUGGAGGCCAAUCUAGAUGACGAUGUGAAUGACAACUUCAGCAGUGAUGAAGAAACAUCGGUUCGUUUGCCAGCUGCUCCAAGUACAGCAACAACCCUUGGUGUACAAACAUCCUCAUCUGCGAGUCCUCACAUGCCAGCAGUUCCCCCGCAUCUACCAGUGGAAUCAGACUCUUCUUCAAACUCCGAUUCGGAUGAAGACGAUCACUAUCUGUUCCCAAGCUUACAACAGGCCGUGUCUCAACACACAAAUUCCUUGGCAGGUAAUGCCAUUCAGUUCGCAGAACCCAUUGGCACUCAUUAAUCAUUAAUCAAAUUAAAAGUAGAACGCGCAAACUUAUUUGGAAAAAUAAGUUUGUGGAUAUGGCGUUUCUGCUGCCGUCAUCGCAAAAUCCGUCCACUCCGCAAUUUACACUCCAACUGGACGACCAACACAAUUUUACCAUUAACCCAACUUCACGUAGCAAAAAAAAAUCAAUACCAUUGUAGCAUGGACCACAGCAUUCAUUAGAUUCAUGGCCGUUUACCUACACAAAUACCCCUUUGAGGCCCAACAGCUCCUGAAAUAUAUGGAGAUUGUACGCGACAUUGCCAGGAGCCGCCCCGGGAUGGCCUUUCUCUAUUACGACACGCAGUUUCGCUUGCUGCGCGAGUCAGUUCUUAUGCCCUGGGACCGUAUUCAUACGGAAUAUUGGUUAAUGGCCUGCAUGUCUUUCCAACAACCCCAGCAGCCCUUUCGGCCCAAGCAACCACCAAACAGGUCAUACAGUACUGGACCCCCCCCCCCCCCUCCAACGGUUUCUCGAAAAAACCUGCUGGCAUUUCAAUAAGCGAACCUCUUGUCGUAACCCAAAAUGCAAACAGCCCCACAUCUGUGGCUUUUGUAGAGGUCCACAUGCAGCAUACACCUGCAAAUUCAGCAACACAGAACAGGCAGCCAAAGCCCAGUCUCAAUGAAACAUCGACCCUGCUAAGUCAACAAAGUAACAAUCUUGUAGUUACCCCAAUUAAAGUCUCUGCACUUACACCAUUUCUUCAGGACUAUCCAUUAGCACAAUAUCUGAUUCUAGGUUUUACACGUGUUUUUAAUUGGGUUACACAGGUCAACACAAGGCUUCCACAUCCCCAAAUCUGAAGUCUUGUGAUGAGAACCCUGACAUAGUGCAAAGUAAACUUCAGGCAGAACUAAAUUCAGGUUGUGUAAAAGGCCCCUUUACGUCCCCUCCUUUCGAAAACUUCCGGGUAAGUCCCAUUGGCCUUUUUCCCAAGAAAACACCGGGACAAUUUAGGUUGAUUCAUCAUCUAAGUUACCCACGCGGAAAUUCCGUGAACGAUUUUAUAGAUCCUAACUUAUCUAGUGUUAACUACAGUUCCUUUGAUGAUGCAGUCAACAAACUACUGGAACUGGGUACAGGAACCUUAUUCUGUAAAACGGACAUAGAUUCUGCUUUUCGUUUAAUUCCUAUUCAUGCAAACGAUCAUCACGUAUUAGGGUUCAAAUUUAGGGGUCAGUAUUAUUUUGAUACGUGUCUUCCAAUGGGAGCGUCCUCAUCAUGUGCAAUUUUGAACGUUUUAGUUGUAGCCUUCAACACAUUUCGGAAAAUAUCUUAAAAAUUAAACACAUGGUACACAUUCUCGAUGAUUUUCUCAAACAGCUGUCAAAAUGAUCUUAACAAAUUCCUUAAUAUCUGUUCAAAAAUAGGCGUUCCGAUUAAAGAGGAAAAAACAGAGAAUGCUCGAACUGUUAUCAUUUUUAUGGGUCUUGAACUAGAUUCUAAUAUGUUUGAAGCCCGCUUGCCUCAAGACAAAUUGGAAAAAUUGAGGAUGCAACUUGCCUCAGUAGCAAAGCAUCGCAAGGUCACCCUUAAAGAAUUACAAUCCCUUCUAGGUUUGUUAACUUUCUGCUGCCAGGUAGUAACACCUGGUCGGUGUUUUUUUUUCUUGCGUCGCCUUAUAGAUCUUACUAAAAAAGUAACACACCCACACCAUAGAAUAACACUAAAUAAGGAAAGUGGGAAAGAUAUCCGUGCUUGGCAAUUGUUUGUUGAUCAUUUCAGUGGUAAAGAACUUCUUCUACACAAACGUUGGCUCACCUCAGAUACAUUACACUUACACACGGACGCCUCAGGUUCUCUAGGUUUCGCUGCAAUUUUUCAGUCCCAUUGGUUUUAUGAUACAUGGCCUACAUUGUGGUCUCCCUACGACAUAACAUUCAAAGAGCUUUUACCCAUCACUCUUUUAUUAGAAAUUUGGGGUUUUAAGAUGAGAAAUCAAUGUAUAGUACUUCAUACAGAUAAUGGAGCAGUUGUACACAUUAUCAAUAAACAUACUUGUAAAGUACCUAACAUCAUGGCCCUAGUCCGCCGUCUUGUGUUAGCCGGCAUGAAGUAUAAUAUAUUGCUGAGGGCUGAACACAUCCCGGGUAUAUGCAAUAUAUUAUGCUUUCUAUUAUAUUUACGCAUAUCACCACCGAGUAAUGGCCAGCUAUUUAGAGACAAUAACAAUCAACCAGUUUCUACCACGUAUUUCAGAUCGGUCUUACGUUUGUGUGUUAUAGCAAACAACAUGGAUCCAAAGUUCUUUACAGCCCAUUCAUUUCGCAUUGGUGGUGCUACUCAUGCUCACAAUUCCAAUAUGUCCGUAUCACAAAUACAGAAGCUAGGUCGCUGGAAGACCAACGCAUACCUAAAAUAUAUCCGUCCCUCGGCUCUCCCUAUAUAAAUCAAGAUAAAGUCGCAACAAUACUCUGCUUACAUAUUUGAAUCUUUAAUCUUAAUUUUUCAGAUGAUCUGACGGUCAUAGGCAGCAGAUCAAUUUUUUCAUCAUUUUGACCACAUGAAAAUUCAUUGAUGUUUUUUAAGAUCUGUCGGUUUUAGGCAGCAGAUCUUUUUAAACAAUAUCAUACGAGAACUGAAUGCCAUUGCCAACCUUCACAGUGCUGUCGGUCAACGCCGCAGCCAUGAUAUUGACUUUCAAUGAUUGUCACAUUAUAACGUACAGAACAUAGCUGAUGGUUUAAGGCCUCAGUUGAAACAUUUGCUUUAGCUGAUGGUUUUAGGCCACAGUUUUGAAAUGUGACCUGGCUGAUGGUUUAAGGCCACAGUAACUGCUGUGUAAUUUGUUUUGGCUGAUGGUUUAAGGCCACAGUCACGAAAUUUGUCUUAAAUGAUGUCAGUUUGAAGCCGCAAUUGUACAAACUCUAGUAUUACAUCACAGUAAAGAAGUGCGGGUACCAGUGACAGUCAAUGUAAAUAUGAUUAUUUGUUAUAAAUGUGCUUGCAUAAUACGAACAAUUGAGAGCAGAAUGGUCCGCAGUUGUCGUUAUCAUGUGUCUUUGUUAUACAGCUGUAUAUUAUUUUUCUGUCAGUAUUUUUUAUAAUUCGUAUAUUUCGUCUCCAAAGUUGUUAGCAAUAACCACUUAUGUAUCAUAUGUGGUCUUUGUCAUGGAUGGGCAAGUUUUUUAUCUAUAUUUAUGAUCAUUUACAUUGCCUUCUGUCUACUAGUAUUGACCAUUUAUUCUGUAUAGGUUGUACAUGUAUAGAUUUAGAUAAUUAAUGCCCUUUACAUGUAUCAUCCACGUGUUUGAUGAUAUGCUGAAAUCCACUUUUAAGUAUUGUGUUUAUACGUGUAUAUGAUAAGAGGCUGCAGAGGCUUUUUUAUAAGUAGGCCAAUGCAAAUAUGAUGAUCCAUUUCUAAUUGUCUGGCUUCAUAUUAUCUCUAUCCACGGUCGAGCUCGUUCCAGUCUUAAGUCUCUCUGGCCGACGGUUCCCUUUUGGCGGUUUUUUGCCUCCCAGUUAUGUACAUUAGGGAAAACAUUUGUAAUAUGUUUGCUUUGAUUAUGUAUUACGUAAUCAUGUAUUUGUCAGUUUAUGGCAUUUAUAAUAAAUGCCCAGUUUUCGUUCAAACAUAGUUUUCUGUUUUCCCUUUUUCCCAUAAUCGAGUUCGACCUAGACUGUUAUCUCUCCCCCGACCUUGGGCAAUACAUAAAUAACAUUUUAAGCCAACAUAAUUUUUUUGAUGACAUUGACCUCCCCACUCUUUAUUUUAUAUUAGCCGGGAAUGUUCUGAAGGGAAAUUGCAUUUAACCAUAAAGUUUAUAAAAAUAUUGGUUGCCAGAUUGUUUACAUUAACACACUCUGUUGAAAGAGCAUUAAUUUUACCCUGCUAUUGUUUAUACUGCAGCAAAUUGAGUUCAUGAAUAGAUGUUUGACAUUUAAAAAGCUGUUAGAAAAAGCUUUGAUAGACUAGCAGUUUUGGAACUUUCGAGAAGCCAGUCUUUGCAUAAUUCUGGACGUGAGUAGUUUCACGUCAAUUUUCACUGAUUUAAAAUCCACCUCCUCCCAUGCCUCCUCCUCUUAGUUUAUCAUGCUUACAUUCUAGCUAUUUUAGUUAUAUGUGUUUUACAGAGUUGCAAGAUAGUUAAAUGAUUUACUUUGCUUUACAGUAUAACCUUUUUAGUUCUAUUGUUUUAUUUGAUUUGCAAUUAUGCCAUUCUAGUCUUCAAUGUUGCCAAUUUUGAUUGAAUACAUGUAUGAUUCUAGUCUUUGGGUCGGCGGUUUUUUGCCUCCCAGUUAUGUACAUUAGGGAAAACAUGUAUAAUAUGUUUGCUUUGAUUAUGUUUUACGUAAUCAUGUAUUUGUCAGUUUUUGGCAUUUAUAAUAAAUGCCCAGUUUUCAUUCAAA